CCGGAUUCCUUCUUGGUUUCCCACCGCGAACUUACAGCUGACAGUGAUACAACACUUGCCUAUCAUGUCCUCCAUCUUUGGUGUGUUCAAGCGUGUUUAUGCGGCCUUCAUUAGUCCGCCUCGUCCCCCCAACGUGGAAGAUAACAAUGCUUCUCCUCCCCUGAAAAUUGGAAUUUUAGGGGCAGCUGCAAUUGCUCCCCCUGCUCUUGUUUUGCCUGCGAUAAGCCAUCCAGAGGUAGAACUUUAUGCUGUGGCAGCGCGGGACAUCAGUCGUGCGGAGAAGUUUGCAAAUAAACACGGUUUCAAGAAGUGGUAUGGAGGGAAAGAUGGCUAUCAAGAACUUCUCGAUGACCCUGCAAUAGAUAUCGUCUACAACCCCCUUCCCAACGGUUUACAUUACGAAUGGACAAUUAAGGCUCUUGCUGCUGGCAAACAUGUGCUUCUGGAGAAGCCCAGUGGUAAUACUGCCGAAGAAACACGGCGUAUGUUUUCCCUCGCGGACCAAAAAGGGCUCGUUCUUCUUGAGGCAUUCCACUAUAGAUUUCACCCCGCUAUUCAACGUGUCAGGGCUAUCAUUGACAGUGGCGAACUGGGCGCUAUCAGGGAAGUAAAUGCAACUCUUGCGAUUCCGAAGGGUGCUAUUCGCAACGAUGAUAUUCGGAUGAACUACGAUCUUGGUGGCGGUGCAAUGAUGGACUGCGGAUGUUAUCCUUUAAGUUGUGUUCGUUAUCUUGCAUCAGGAAACCCUAGUGCGGUGAUAUCCGCAACCGCGACGCGGUUCUCAAGAGAUUCACGUAUCGAUACAGGCACCACUGCCAAUCUCACUCUUGCUUCCCUGAAGCCUGGCGAGGAACCAGUGAGGUCCACUAUCAAAUGCGACUUCGCCAUCCCUCCCCGAUGGGGGUUCAUCCCUCGCUGGCCGGAAAUUUCCGUUCGCGCAGUUUGUGAACGUGGCUCCAUCGAGUUGUUCAACUUUGUGAUGCCAGUGAUUUACCACUCGAUCACCGUGAUACCUGACAGUGGCGCUCCGAGAACAGAGAAAGCAUACACGUUCGAGGGUGGUAAAGGAGAGGAGUGGUGGUCUACCUACAGGUACCAGCUGGAGGCUUUUGUGGACAAGGUCAAAGGCCGAACACCACAAACCUGGGUGAGCCCUGAGGACUCCAUUGCAAAUAUGGAAUGGAUAGAGAAGAUUUAUGAAGAGAGUGGACUGGGGUCUCGACCCCAAUCCACAUAUGUCCUCCCAACUGCUUAAUGAUGGAUUGGUUAUUGUGGUGCCAUAUACCGUGCAGCUUCGAAGAAUAUCAAACCCACAAACACUUUGUUACCCUUCAUCACGUUACUGCAUGUACUUAGUUACGAUCUGUUAUAACAACUCAAUCAGCGAUAUCCCAGCACACAAUUACGACAUUCAAACUAGGAGCCUAGGAGAAGCUUGAAUUCAACCGUCGUA